AUGACACUCUCUCUUGUUUUUCUCGUCAAUCUGCUGAUGUUAAUGGCCGGCGACAUUGAAUCAAAUCCAGGUCCAGCUACUAGACAAAGCCAAAUCUCAACCAAGACCGAUUUGAAGGACGAGAUAGCUAGCCUCAGAGGGGAAGUGAGGGAACUUAAUAUCAAAGACGAACUCAUGUCAUUGAGGAAUGAAGUAAAUCAAGUUAAAUCGGACACCGACACAGUCAUAAGCAAAGUUGACGUAAAUGAUAAUCAAUUGAGACAGAAAUAUUUGAUAUUUUAUGGUUUUGACGAAAGUAAAGAAGGGAAAAGAGAAACCUGGGGUGAUUGUGAAAUUUCGAUAAGAAAGUUUUUAUCAGAGAAAUUAAAGAUGGAGGGGGCAGAGGGUGACAGUUUAGUUUCCAUUGAUCGUAUUCACCGUGUCCGAAAAAUGCGUCAAAACUCCAGUCGAUCACGUCCUAUCAAAGUUUCGUUUCAUAGACUAAAAAUGAGAGACAUAAUCCUGUCUAAAGCCAGACAACUGCUCAAAGAAUCAAAUGUCAGUGUUUCUGAAGAUUUCACUCAAAGAGUGAGAUCAAUUCGUAAAGGGUUAAUACCACAUCUCAAAGAGGCCAAGCAGAACAGUGAUAACGCCGUGACGCUCAAAUCUGAUAAACUGAUUAUUAACAGAAAUGUAUUUACUUUUGACCUUGAAAAGAAACAAUUAGUUCCACUCAAUCAAUAG